UCGAAGAAGAAAGGAGUCACAAAAAUCUUCUUGCCAGCUAAUCGUUCCCUACACACACGACCGUCGUUCCACAGCGAAGAAAUUGUUGUCGCUGAGUGCUCUUCAUCGAGUUGGCAUUGCUGGAAAGUGCAUUGAGAGACUGUUCUUCCACUGCUCGGUGUUGCUAACAUCAGUACUGGGUGGAUGGGUGAGUGCUGCGUGUAACCGUAUUUCCGAAUAGAAUACGUGGCUGGAACUACUGGCCAACGUGAUCAGUGGAGUAGACCAGCAGUAUAGUGGCUCUAGCAGCUCCAGCAUCUGUUGCUCCGUUGGAUAUGCUGCAUGGCCGCCGCUGUAUGCUAGCAUGCUGUAACAUACGCUAGCUGACACGUUGUUUGCGUGGUCGGUAAGGCUGGAAGGCAAGUAGAAUCCUGUGCUCGAAGACGAGGUAUCACUCUUCUAGUCUUGCUGCCAGCACCUCGAUCCAGGAGCGCAGUAGCUGUGAUCGUAGGCAGUUCGGGAAGUAGCUGUGCUGUGAGCGUCAACACGCGGGCAGAAUGGCGGAUUCAGGUGCCGUCGAGGAUGGCGAUGAGGGGGCCUAUGAGACACUGGAGAAAGACUUCAAGCAAGUGCUGGCAGAAAUCGAAAACAAUGACACCCUGGACAAGUUCCGCGAUGACUACAAGAAAGUGUACGCUGGUUAUGCCAAGUCGCGGGAGAACGAGCGUCGACUGAUGAUGCGCUGCAGGGACUUGAAGUCUGAGAUUGUGGCUAACGGAUCCAAGCUGGCCGAGGUGAUGAGAACGUCCAAGGAGGAGAAGUCGAGCAUUGUGGCCCUCAAGAAGGAAAUCGAGAAGGCCUGGAAGCUGGUGGAUGUUAGCCAGGAGAAGGAGAGCCGAUCCAAGGAGGUGAUUGAUCAGCUGCAGUAUGAGAUGGAUCAGCUACAGGCUAUGGUAAAGGAAAAGAGUGGUAUCGGCAUCACCGAGUACAGCGUUCAAGAGCUUGUUGACCUGAAGGAAAAGCUCACCUCGGACCUCAAAUUAGCAAUGGCGGACGUAGCUAUGCUUCGACAAAAUUUGACGGACGCCAUUACAAAGCAGAAGGAGGAAGAAAGCUAUCGUACAGACGCUGAGCAAAAAAUAUCCGAGCUGCAAAAUGAAAUCCAGCAGAGUGAACACGACGCGCAGCGCGAGCUCUUCCGCAAGAACAAUCUAGAGAAGGAAGUGAUGAAGUUUCGCAAGACGUUGGAGGAGCGGCAGGCGGAGCUGGUCAACGCAGAAGAGAGCACGACGCGAAUGCAAGAGCGGUGUAGAUCACUGGAGGAGAAGAUCCGGGAGCUGGAGGGUCAAAAUGAUCGGUCACAGGGAAAACUUGAGAGCCAGAGGACACACUCCAAUGGCAUUCAGCAGAAACUCGAGGAACAGUACGAUGUGGCAGAGACGCUGCGCCGAGAGAUCAACGACCAGCAGCAGCUCAUAAAGACGCGCGAAGAUGAGCUGAAAUCCUGUAAGCAGGACCAGAGUCGUGUGCGUCAGCUGCGCGACAACCUGAACAACAAGCUGCAGCUGGUCGACAAGGAGAAAGCGGAGGUGGAGCGUGAGAGGGACGACGUCAAGGCCCAGGUGGCCGGACUGGAAAGAGAACUCGAGCAGUUACGAAAGGACUCCGAAGCCAAGCGGCGCAAGUGCGAGGAGCUGACUCGCGAGCGAGACAAGCUCGACCGGCAAGUGCGCAUUCAGACAACUGCCACCGACAAGCAGGCCGACAUGGUGAAAGUGCAUGCACAGGGCGUGCGAACUCUGGAGUCGGAAGUUCGGAGCUACCAAGAUGAAGCAAUUAAGCAGCGCAAGACCAUUGCUGGUCUGGAGCGAGAGCGUGACACCUACUACCACGAGUUUACCGAUAAGGUGCAGGAUUGCACAAAGCUGAACGAGCUGCUCAAGGUGAAGGAGAUCCAGAUCAUCGACCACAAGAAGCGGAUCGCUGACUCCGACGUCAAACGGCAGCAGCAGCAGAAUCUCUAUGAAGCGGUGCGCUCUGACCGCAACAUGUUCAGUAAGUCGCUACAGGAGAAGCAGGACGAGCUCAAGGAGCUCAAGCAGCGACUUGUCAGCGACCAGCGGCUGAUCGAACAGUUGAAGGAUGACCUCGCCAGCAAGGACACUGCCCUCGUCAAGGAGCAUUCGGAACAUCAACGACUGGAGAAGGAAAAGGAAGCCCUUCGCGCUGAGCUCCUCCGGCUGAAGGAGGAGCUUCGGGAGGCCAACCGAUACGCUGACGACCAGAUGAAGGAGCACCAGAAGCUGCAGAGGCUCAUAACAGAGUCGGACGCGGAGAGAACACGUCAACGGAAGGAACUUGAUCAGGUGUUGAACGAGCGUGAUGUCCUCGGAACCCAGCUGAUUCGCAGAAACGACGAACUGUCACUACUGCAUGAGAAACUUCGCGUCCAGCAAGCCGUUCUUGACAAAGGUGAAAUGCAAUACGUCCAGCGGUUAUCCGACAUUCGCAUCCUGAGAUUGGCUAUCAAGCAAGCACGCAACGAUAGAGCUGCUAUGGGUCGCAACGUUGCCAACUUUGCAGAACUCAAACAGGAGGUGUUCCGUACGCAACGAGAGUUGGUGCGCGAGCAGGCUCGCUGCAAGGCACUGGAGCUUGAGCUGCAAAGUCCACUGAAUGUGCACCGGUGGAGGACAUUGAAGGGAACUGAUCCCAGCAAGUUUGAGCUCAUCAACAAGGUGCAGACUCUGCAGAAGAAGCUGAUUGGCAAAACAGAGGAGGUGGUAGAAAAGGAGCUGGCAAUCAAGGACAAAGAGAAGCUUUACGUGGAACUCAAGCAGAUCCUUGCACGCCAACCCGGCCCAGAGGUUGAACAGCAGGUGGUCAUGUACCAGCAAACGCUGAAGGCCAAAACCAAACAGCUCAAGGCUAUGGCGGCCGAGUUGAACAUGUUCGAGGCGCAAAUCAGUGAAGCCAAAAUGGAAAGUGAACGUCUCGGCAGGGAGCUGCAGGAAGUCAAAAAGAAGUACUUCAUGAUGAAGAAGAAGGAGCAACAGAAGAGGGAACGCGACAGCAGCCUCGGCCAAGCUGGACUGCCACCGAUCCAGUCACACGCGAAGACAAACCGCUUUACUGGUGGCGGCUUCAACCUCAAGACGUCUCAAUCUAGGAUUGUUCAGUAGCGGCUACUGACUGAGUGAUCUGGGUGCAUUGCAGCUUUCUCGACUUGAUAUCGCAAAUUGCCGUGUAAAGAUAAUUCCGUGCAACUUCACUUCAGUGUAAGUUGUGGCAAACUCUGCCUCUGACAGCUCCUGGCACACUCCUUGUCUUCUGAAGAGCCAGUGCGGCGUAUCGGGAAGCUGGCUACGAAGUUCACGACAUGCAGUACCUGGUGACUGUUUGCAGUGUCGGCACAGCACGGGUCACUGUGGACGUGGGUGCACUGGGCUAGCUUGUCAUUGCACCGUACAACAACUCUGCAGUCAUGGUAUAUAUGCCACACGCUCCCGGGCAAGUGCAUGUGCACUGCAUGCGGUACGGACCAGGGCGGCAUGCGGUGCGCACGCUGAACGUCCCCCGGUGUGUGUCCGUGUUAGUAUGAGUUUUGUUCUGAUAACACAGCCACAUGACCGUCUGUUCUACAGGGCAUUUGAUUAGUGAUUGCCCGGCAUACCGUAUUGCUAUCUGACUUUGACUUUCAACUCUAGCGAAUAAGCAGUCUGGUUGCAUAGCAUCCCAGGCUGUUGUAUAAGUAGUCUGGUUGCAUAGCAUCCCAGGCUGUGUAUAGCAUCCCAGCUGAGCAGGCUGUUGAACUACGCCUGGCUGAGUUGUCUCAUUUUUCUUUAUUGUUAUUGGAAUUUGGAAUCUGAUCUUUAAAAAAUGUUUCGCACUGAUAAUAAGUUUGGGGUAGGCGCUGUGGGAGUUCCUGCCCACCUUGUAAAGAAAGUUUAGACGAGGGUUUUGUCAUGCUAGUGUCCUUCUGCAUUGUUAUCCCUUUUGUUGUCAACAUUCAGUCGUGGUGAGAUGGA